AUGGACGUUCAAGGCUCACCGAAACUGAAAGUGUUGUUGGUCGGGAAAGGUGGCCGCGAACAUGCUCUAGCUUGGAAGCUUGUGCACUCCCCAUCCGUGGAGCACGUAUUCGUCAUGCCAGGGAAUGGAGGUACAGCCAGCCUACCUGGUGUAACAAACAUUGACGACAUCGCAGCAAAUGACUAUCCAGGGCUUGUUCGUUUGUCCCAGGACUUAGACAUCGGGCUCGUCGUCGCUGGUCCAGAUGAUGCAGUUGUUGAUGGCAUCAAGGGGUUUUUCAGAGGCACAGGCAUACCGUGCUUCGCCCCAUCCAAAGAAGCUGCUGAGGUCGAGGGCUCCAAGGUCUUUGCGAAGAACUUCAUGAAGAAAUAUCAGAUACCUACAGCCGAAUAUCACCAUUUCGACAACUAUGAUGAAGCGAGCCAGUACCUAGAUAGCAUAAACCACCGAGUCGUCAUCAAAGCCGAUGGGCUGGCGGCAGGAAAGGGCGUCGUGCUCCCUCAGACGAAAGAGGAAGCUCAAGACUUCUUGAGAAAUAUCAUGGUCGAGGCCAAGUUCGGUCCUGCAGGCCAGUCAGUCGUGAUCGAAGAUUUCAUGGUCGGCGACGAGAUCAGUGUUUUGACAUUCAGCGAUGGCAAGACGUUCAAGUCGCUGCCGCCGGGGCAGGACCAUAAGCGGGUGUUUGAGGGGGAUCGAGGACCAAAUACUGGCGGCAUGGGGGUUUAUGCGCCUGUCGAUUUUGUGUCUCAGGGUCAGAUGAGGGAAAUCAACCAGAAAAUUCUUCGCCCUACUUUUGAUGGGCUGAAGGCUGAAGGCCGUACAUUCGUGGGUCUUCUCUUCACGGGCAUCAUGAUAACUCCGUCUGGAGAACCCAAGGUCCUUGAAUACAAUGCAAGGUUCGGGGACCCAGAGACACAGACCAUGAUGCUACUCCUCGCCAAUCAAGAUCUGGCAAAGAUCCUCCUCUCCUGUGUAGCCGGAGAGCUAGACGGCACAGAUAUCCAAGCUCGUGCCGGCUAUGCCUGCAACGUGGUUGUUGCUGCUGGAGGAUACCCCAAUUCCUACCGUUCAGGAGAUGAGAUCUCUGUGGAUCCAAACGCUCACCUCGAGACUAGUUCCACAGCUUUGCAAGUCUUCCAUGCUGGUACGAAGCUCGUCGACGGGAAGUUGGUAACAUCGGGCGGUCGAGUGCUCUCUGUUGCCGCUUACGCGCCGACCCUCCAAGGAGCGCUUGACUUGGCAUACACGGGUAUCAAGAAUAUACAGUUCAAUAACAUGCACUUUCGGAAGGACAUCGCGGCUCGAGUUAUGCAGAAAUGA